ACUAAAAAUAAAAGAAAAAGAUUAACAUCCCAUUAUCCACAACCUUUUCAGCUGCCACGGUGCCAGACCAGAACCAGGAAACCAUGGCAUAUCUCCAUCCGCCAUGUCCGUCGCCCACUUCCCACCCAACCUCACGUCCUGCAUUCAAACCAUCCAUCACUGUCACUACGUCGUCUCGUCAUCUCCCUUCAACCCAAAAGCCCACAGCCAAUUCCAACAACUGGGUCUCGGAGUUCCGGUCGAAGUCUUUAAAUUUAGUGCUCUCAGGGGCUCUCACUCUCGGACUCUCUCUCUCAGGAAUUGCAGAGGCAAAAGUUGGAGUGAACAAACCAGAAUUGCUUCCCAAAGAGUUUAGCCCUGUAAUUGAUGUAGCUGGCUUCCUCUCUGAUGGCCAGGAGAAAAGACUAGCCGAAGAGAUUGCUGAUAUAGAGAAGUAUACUGGAUACAAGCUGAGGGUUCUUGCCCAGAACUAUCCUGACACACCAGGUUUAGCGAUUAAAGAUUUCUGGCGAGUGGAUGAUAGAACUAUUGUCUUUGUUGCUGAUCCGACCUUUGGCAAUAUACUAAACUUCAACGUGGGAGCUUCAGUUGAUCUAGAUGUUCCACGCAGCUUUUGGAGCCGCUUGGCAGGGAAGUAUGGAAAUAUGUUUUACUGGAAAGAGAAGGGAGAAGAUGGAGCGAUUGAAUCUGCGGUGAUGGCAAUAUCUAGCUGCUUGAAAGAACCCGUAGACGCAAAUAAUUGCUCUGAGGUAAAAUAGUAGUGCAAUGAGUACUUACACUGAUUCCUUCAUUUGCGCCCUGUCAAUCUUGUAAAGUAGGAUUGUAAAUGUUAAAACAUGUACGACGACGUUCAAGAGAAGGUAUAUUGAUUCUAAACGAGUUGCUUCUCAAUUUGGUCUGCUUUUUUCGAAGCAAUGGAGAAAUUAGUGACUAUUCUUGUGUCAUCUGUUUGUGUGACUCUAAUAAAAUGUAAAUCGAAACCUAAUUAUAUGUA